CAGGUGGUUAGGAGCUAAGUAAGUUGCUUGAUCCUUUGUUGCAGCUAAAACAGGUGAAGAGAUGGCUCCCCUCAGCUUUUUCUCCCCGGAGCAGUUGCUGACUGGUUUGGGAGUUCUGAGCGUUCUCUGGCUCUCUCUGAAGGCUGCCUGGAGUUUAGCACAGGGGCUGAGGAUCCACGUGUUGUCUCAUGUGUGGAAAGGGGUAGAUUUGACUUCUUAUGGACCUUGGGCAGUGGUAACUGGAGCCACAAAUGGUAUUGGAAAAGCCUACGCCCAUGAGCUUGCUAGAAGAGGCCUCAACGUGGUCCUCAUCAGCCGUUCCCUGGAGAAACUGAAGCAGGUGGCCUCAGAAAUCGAGGAGCAGCACGGCCGAAGCACCAAGGUGAUCCAAGUAGAUUUCACCCAUGGCUCAGAAAUCUAUGAGUCAAUUCGAGCCGCUUUGCAGGGUCUGGAGGUUGGCAUUCUAGUGAACAAUGUUGGUUUUACACAGCCCGGGAUCAGGCGUUUUCUGGAUUUUGAUAACACUGACAAGUUUAUAGAUGAUGUGGUACGUUGCAACAUGUUUUCGGCCGUAAAGAUGACGCAGAUUGUCCUUCCUCGGAUGGUGGCUAGGAAGAAAGGAAUUAUCAUAAACCUGUCAUCCACAGCUGGCUUGCGUCCAUUUGCACUUCAAGUGAUGUACUCCUCAAGUAAGACAUUUGUUGAUUUCUUCUCACAAGCUUUAGACAUCGAAUACAAAUCCAAAGGCAUCAUUGUGCAGAGCAUCCUGCCUGCGUUUGUUGACACCCAGAUAAACGCUGAGGUGCCUAAAUUCUUCAAGACAUCACCGGAGUCCCUUUGUGUGGCAGGCUUGAACACUGUGGGUCUCACCAACAGAACCGCUGGCACUUUCAGCCAUGCUAUCCAGAGCAAUGUUCUAGAUAUGGUGUAUCCGGAAUGGACAUUUCCCCCACAGCUUCUGGUUGAGCCUCUCCUUCUUCUGCACAAAGUUCUUGAAGGGGAAGCAGAAAGGCCAAAGCACAGAGAGCAGCUCGGCCAGGGUCUGAAAACGAAUCCUAAAUGAAAACAGCAUGCACGGAACUCCCAAGCCUUCCUUUCAAGCUUCAGCUCUUGGACCAGGAUGCAGCCGGGCCAAGAAUUCUUGUUAAUCUCCAGGUUGCUUUUGGUAGAAGAGAUUAUUUAUAUAUAUAUAUAUAUAUUCCCUAAGGGCACACUGACUCUCCUUAUAUCUUCUGUUGCUUGGAUUCUGCUACAUUUUAAGCCUGUGGGGACUACUAUGGCGUCCCUUUUUAAAAUUACAGCGAGAAAGGGAAUUGAAUUGCUGACAAUACUGUCUUAUGUCAGCCCCCCCCCGCCCCACAAAGGCCACAAAUCCUCCCAGCCAGGGGAAUGUGAGAUUGUUAAACCCAAUAUGCUUCAGGAUCAUCAGAUAGUGGGGAGGCGAUGUCUGAUGGCACUCCAUUAUUCCCUAUGGAGACCUAUUUCCAUGGGGUAUAAUGGAGAAUUGAUCCGCGAGUAUCUGGGGCUCUGGGGGCUUGUUUUUUUAUGUAGAGGCACCAAAUUUUUAGAAUAACAUCCAGUGCCUCUCCCCAAAGUACAACCCAAGUUUCAAAAGGAUUGAAGCAGGGGGUCCAAAUCUAUGAGCCCCCCAAAAAGGCACCCCUGUCCUUCAUUAUUUACAAUGGAGGGAAGGAAUUUAAAAGGUGUGCAGUCCUCUUAAAUGUGAUGGCCAGAACUCCUUUUGGAGUUCAAUUAUGCUUGUCACAACCUUGUUCCUGGCCCCACACCCAAUGUCUCCUGGCUCCACCCCAGUGUCUCCUGGCUCCACCCCAAUGUCUCUUGGCUCCACCCCAAUGUCUCCUGGCUCCACCCCCUAAGUUCCCAGAUAUUUGUUGAAUUAGACUUGGCGACCCCAGGGCUUUUUUUGAGCAGGAAUGCAGUUCCGGCUGGCUUGGUGUCAGGAGGUGUGGCUUAAUAUGCUAAUGAAUUCUUGCCGGGCUCUUUCUACAAAAAAGCCCUAUGUGAAACAAUGGUGGCAUCAAGGGGUGUGGUCUAAUAUGCAAAUAAGUUCCUGUUGGGCUUUUUCUACCAAAAGAGCCCUGGGCGACCCUAUACCAAGCAUCCAGAAUUUGAAAUUGGCAAUGUCUAAGCCAGCCGAAUAUUCCCCAGGUCAAGUAUCUGUCCCUCAGUUUCUUCAAAUAAUUUAAAUCCUGUGUGUUGUUAGAGGCCUAAAUCCUUGGCACCCAUGGAAGGGCAACAGAGCCAAGGGUCCCACAACCUAUCCCCUUGUGUGCCAUGCUGACAGAAGAAUCAUCUGUUUGAAAGGUUCUUGUGAUUCAUUAGCCGCUUGAAGUUAUGUGGGGGGGGGACUUUUGUGGUACGCAGCAUUUUAUUUUUCCUUCCCCUCCCCCCAAAACAAUGUGCAGAAUUUUGUAAAAAAUCAAAGUUAGAGUCCAGUGGCACCUUUAAGACCAACAAAGUUGUAUUCAAGGUGUGAGCCUCUGUGUGCCAUGAAAGCUCAAAUCUUGAAUAAAACUUUGUUGGUCUUAACGGUGCCCUAUUACUUCAGUCCACCAAGGCUGCCCCUUUCAAUCAGAGUUUUGCAAAGUGCAUUUUCAUGUUCCUUCCAUUUCAUAAGCGUCUUUCAGCUCCUAAUGUGGGGAGAAAUUGAGAUGAAAUAGUCCAAAUAAAUUAAAUAAAUAUGUGGAA